UAUAAAUGUCAACUUUAUCAAUUUUGAUUGUUCUAUUUAGUAAAAAUAUGUCAGUCUAAAUGGAUGAAAAUUACUUAUUUCUGUUUAGUCUCUCCACUAGUGCACUGUUUGGUUACCACUUGUUCAAUUCACCUAGUCAUUAACAAGUUCCUAAUUUUGAAUAAACCUUACAACGUUGAACAGGUCCAAAACUCCUUUUGUCCACACUUGGCCAAACCACAAGAAUAGUUUGACUAGAGACAAUAGGAUACAAUUAAAUUAGCAAUAAUCAGUUAACGAUUACGUGGUGAUAACAACUGAAUAAAUUAAAAAGAAACUUUGAUUAUUGCUAAUGAUUAAAGUUAAUUUUCCUCAACAACCCUUUAUUCUACUAGUAUUAUUUAUUUAUUUAUUUAUUUAUUUAUCUGUGGUAGUUGAAGACGUUGUCUUAUUAAGUAGUCCAAUAGAACUAUUGAAUCAUGUUGUUCAUAGGAAGAAGAGGUAAUCAAAGUAUGAGUAGUAAAUCAAAUCUUAAGUUGUUGGGCACCAAAGUGAGCCCUUUUGUAUGUAGAGUGAUUUGGGCACUAAAAUUGAAAGACUUAGAAUAUGAAUUCAUUGAAGAAGAUGUGUCCAACAAAAGCUCAUUGCUUCUGGAAAUGAAUCCUAUUGACAAGACUAUUCCAGUGCUAAUUCAUGAUGGAAAGCCAAUAUGUGAGUCUCUCAUCAUUCUUCAAUACAUAGAUGAGACAUGGCCUCAAAAUCCCAUCCUGCCAAAUGAUCCUUUUCAAAGAGCCUCUGCGCGAUGUUUGGCUAAAUUUUCAGAAGAAAAGGUGUUGAAUCUGUUGCAGCUAAACGGACCAUCAAGAGAUGCAUUUUAUUUCACCGGAGAAAAACAAGAGAAGGCGCUCGAAGCAAUGAAAGAGGCAUUAAGAAUUCUUGAAAGUGAAAUAAGUGGAAAAAAAUUCUUUGGAGGAGAUGAGAUUGGAUAUGUGGACAUAGUAGUAGGAUGGUCAUCAUACUGGCUCCAGUUUGUGGAAAUAGCUGCAAAUUACAAAGCAAUGGACUCAACAAAGUAUCCUCAGAUGGAUAGAUGGAUGAAAAUUUUUAUGGAAGUGCCAUUGAUUAAGGAUAAUAUUCCACCUUAUGAUGGCAUGCUUGGCAUCUACCAGGGCUAUAGAAAAAAAUCUCUACUUGCAUUUGCCAAUGAUAAUAAUAAAUAGAGCUUUUCUUUUUCUGGAUAUUAUUAUGUAUUUGUUUCACUUGCCAACGUGGGACUAUUUUCGAUGAUACAGUUCAACGUACGACAGACUAUUUUGUUUUAUGUUUGGUGACUAUAGGGGCUUAGUUUA